UACACGUUUUAUUAUCAUUGUUGUCACUGUUGAUAUCAUUAUCAUUGCUCAAGACAUGUCCCAGAGAAUAAAAGAUAGACGAAUAUGAGCCGUGCUUCAGGGUGAGUUGAAGAAUAACAUUUAACUUUAAGUAAAAAUCAAUAAAUAAAAUAUAUUGUCAACCAUUAUUAAUAGCAGUGAAUAGUCAUUGAUUCAUAACUGUGUGACAGAUGUGUCUGGCUAAUCCAAAGAUCAAAAGUCAGAAAUCAAGUUGCCCCUUUUGAAUUGGAUUAUAGCACAGAACAAGUUUCAGAAACAUAAAAAAAAUUAAAAAGUGAGAAGAGGUCCAAUGAAAUAGUACAAUUUUACCAUGACAAUCAAAAUGAAUUUGGACUUGAUUACCACGUUAGAGAUUAUGAAGCAGUACAAUUUUAAAAUACAUUGAAAUUUACUGGUUAGGUAGCAGAAAAUCUCCAAACCUUCUUUGUAUUGACACAAUACCACAGGAUAAUUUGCUCUCUUGGAACCAGAGUUGAACUACAGCUGGUGAUGAAUCUGCUUUCAAAAUCACUCUGGAGGCUGAUUGUUUGUCCAUAGAGAGUGAUGACAAGAGAAACGGAUGACAUAUCCUGACUAUAUCCAUAGCAUAUGAACAAUACUAAGUGUCCUAUUUUCUCUUUUUGGUUCCAUAGAUCCGGAUCCCAAUAACACCGGUCUUGAUGCAAUUCCUCCAAUACGAUACUCCGUCUCCAAUUCUGAUGUCUUUGCAUCGACUGCUUUCUCGUGGCUGGAAUGCUGAGCACAAAAACUUCCGUGAAUUCCUUCAAGACUCAGCUCAAAUCACAGUCCUUUCUCAGUCCCCUCACUAUUAGUUAUUUCACUUUUAACAUUCUCUGUUUAUAUCUAAGUAUUUACCAAAUUAUUUACCAUUGUGUAUCCCAUUAGAAAGUAAAUUCUCUGAGGGAGGGACUGGGUUUUUGCUUUUUUUUUUUUUUGUAUCUCCAAUGCAGCAUAAUAAGUAAUUAAUAAAUGCUUCUUGACUUAGCUUGCAAAUGCAGUUUUAGUCAUUAAUUAAGUCAACAUGAUACUCGAAAGCCACAUAUUUCAUCAACUUCUCUCUGUCUCCCCCACGUAAUAGGAUUCAACCCAGAUAUCCAGAACUUGAAUGACCAGAAGUAGAACCAGUGGUCUGGUUCUAAGCAGGGGCUUCUGAUGUUCAUGUUCACAUUUGUCUGUGUCCAGAGAUGGAGUCAUCAUCAUAGGGAACCUUGGACUGAACCAUACUACUGGCCUGGGAGAGUUGGGCAUCUCCCUUAUUAGCUGUGUGAUUUAAACUUCUCUGUUUCUCAUUGUCCUCCAGAAAAUGAGCUGGUCAGGAUAGAUGAACUCAAAGGUUCUAAAUCCUUUGAUUCUAUUAAUAUAAUAGCUGCUAUUUACAUAGCAUAGUAGGGCCUUCAGUUUUGCAACACUGUUUUCAUGUUACCUCAUUUGAUGUUUUUAAGAACAACUCUGUGAGACAAAUAUUAAAAGUGAUCCUUAUUUACAGAAUCAUAAAGCUAGUGUCUGAGACAGGCUUUUAACUCAGGUUUUACCAAAUACACUCUCCACGGCAAAUAGGUUUGCUAAGAAAAGUUGUACAUGUUAACAGUGAAGGAGAAGCUGCCUCUUCUUCCCCUCCAGAAAGGAAGAAAAUUUGCAAAUCUUUCCAGAGGCAUAAAAAGAGCUUAUCCUAGUUGUAGUGCUUCCAAUGUGUCACAGCAUCAUAGGAAGUCAAAGGAUCGCAGAGACAUCUAGUCUAAACCUUUCCUUUUCAUAAAAGGGAAAUAAGCCCAGAAAAGUGAUUACUCCAAAUGAGUUAAUAUACAGGAGAGAACCAGAACCAAGGCUUCCUAACUGAUGAUCCAUUAGGCCUUCCACUAAAGCAUGCUUUCUUAUCUUUUUUUUUCUUUUUCUCUCUUCUUUCCCUCCCUCCCUCCCUCCUUCCUUCCUUCCUUCCUUCCUUCCUUCCUUCCUUCCUUCCUUUCUUCCUUUUUUUUUAAAAACUAUUUCACCCAGGCUGAAAAUUCAGGAACUAGCUACAAUCCCUGUGGUAAAUUGUUCCAUAUAGGAACUCUGAUCAUCUCCUUUUCCCAUAUGGAUCACUUUUCUUCUCUUUAAUCAACUUGGUGCCCAUUCCCUCCAGGGGAUCAUUCUAUUGAAGCCCAGGUGUCCCAGGCCUUGCAGCUCAGACUUCCUGAAGCUCAAAUGACCCAGUAGCUUCAGCCUCUCCAGGAGCUAGGAUUAUAGAUGUGCUCUCAAACUGGGCCUGUAUUUAUUUUCAAGCAGCAGUGAAACUGCUGGAGAUAGCAAAUGUUUAAAUGGCCCUGUUUACUGAAAACAAACAAACAAAAAUACAAACCACAAUGGCUUCUUGCUGUUGUACAUAGCUUCUGUCCUGUCCUUUGAGAAAUUCAUCGUGGUGAAUAUCCAAUGACUUGUUUGGAUUUGGGGAUCGCACAUGUGAUUUUUAAAAAAUAAACUUAAGCACAUUUGCUUUUAUUUUGAGUCUUGGAGUGGGGGUGGGAAUGGGGAGGGGGGCUGGUAAAGUGGAUGGAGAGCCGUGAUUUCUAGGAGACCUUUUGGUUCUAUGGACCAAACUACAAGUGAGAAAAGUCCCUCUGUCAAUGCCGAUGGGUAACCGACUGCUCUGCAAUUUCUGAUCUAGAGAGUUGCCUGGAGACGUUGUGAAGUUUAUAGGACUUUCUCAGGAUGAGAGUCAGCGUGUGCCAGACAGAGAGAGGAGCCGAGGCAGCCUUUCUCACGCUGAGGCUGCCCGCUAUCCACCAGGGCACUCUUUACUUCUAGGAUUUUUUUUAGCUUGUGACACAAAUGAAAAUAGUCAUUAUUUUUCAUCCUAAUAAGACUGAAUUUUCUUUUCAUCUUUCCACUCCUCCCCUCCCAAGAGGAAUCCGUAGGUUUGUGUUCCUCUCCAUCCUGAAACAGAAACGGCGAUCCUAGCGAAAGCAGCAUCCGAGCUGCUGGAGCAGUUCCGAGCUCCGAAGGAUGACAUCUGGCUUAACCCAGCAUUUCCCAGGAGUCCUAAGGGUGUGGUUGAGCCAGGACCGUGUCUUGCUUGGGAUCCGGCUGAGAACCAGGUCUCUCUCUGUGAGCGCACACGUCCCUUCCCUCCUCCUCCCCCUCUUUCGUGUCCCUGCCUCUAGCCUGCUCGGAGCAGACUCCUCCCUCCUGCAGCAGCAGCAGCAGCAGCUUGCUUCCAAGACCGAGCCUUUCGUUGUGUGCUCUUUCUGUAGCUGAGCUAGCAGGCUCGAACCGUCCCUGAAGAUCCGCCUUCCUUUGCGACCCAGCUUGCCAGCAAGGCUCUCCUUGAACUACUCCCCAAAGUGACUGGAGUUUGGGGAUUCGGAAAAUCAGGGAACAUGGCUGGCCGCGCGCAAAGGAAUAAGACGGGAUCCGAGACGAACCGCUUUCUUGCCUGAAACUUGGGGGGUGGGAGUUCUGGUGGGGAGGUUGUCAGGUUUUAUUCUGGAUUUUGGUUUUCUGCUACUAUUCCCUUAAGCGGACCCCGAUUUUUGAGUUGGCAAACCAAUGGGCCACUUGCCUGACGUAUUCUGAAGGACUUGAACAGAUAGACUCAUCUCUAAAGGCAGAAAAGAAUCUCUUUUUGGGGGGAGCGGGGGGAGCAGAAAAGCUUCAUCUGGCCAUUCCUAGCCAUGCUUUGAUUGGGGAAAACUUGCAGAGUCAUUGAUAAGAACAAGUCAUUGUCUUCCCGGGACGAUGUCUCUGAUCCCCAGUAACUUUUCCAUGAAUGGGACAAGUUCGGGGAUGGAGAGUCCCAUUAAGGACCCGACCCCCCAGAGAGCAAGACCUUUCAAUGUCUUCUUCCUCUGCUUGACGUUUGUGAUGACCAUCACAGCGCUGCUGGGAAGCGUUUAUUCCUUAGUGUGCCUGCUCAGAAUGCCCCACAAGACCGUGCUCUCCAUGCUGGUGGCCUCUUGGGCAGCGGACGACUUGAUCAGCGUCCUGCCCAUGAGCAUCUUCCUGUUCCUGCAGUGGCCCAGAGCCAGCCCCAGGGAGUCCCUACCUUUGUGCGCCACGUCGGCCUUCCUCUACCUGUUCCAGGGCAUCUCCAGCAACCUGAAGGCGGCGGUUAUAGUUUCCUACAACUUUUACACGCUGCGCAGAAGCGUGGCGAGCCCCGGCGCGGGCAGCCAGCCCCGCGCUCUGCUGGUAGUCCUGCUCGCCAUCUGGGGGGGCAGCCUGCUGAUCUGCACGCACCCUCUCUGGGGCUGGGGGAGCUUCGUCCCCACGCCUUGGGGGUGCCUGGCCGACAGCAGCAGCUCCCUGCCGCUCUUUGUGGUCUACGCGCUGAGCUUCUGCGUCCUGGCCGGCUUCUCCGUGCCGCUCACCUACCAGCUGCUCUGCUCCGAGCAGCUGCCCGGCUUUCGGCUCAAUUACCAGGAAAUCUCUCGCGGAGGAGGCUUCACGCCGUGUACCCCUCCGUCCGGGGGCAGCGCCCUCCCCGCCACCCCGGAGGAUGCUCGGACCCCGACGGCGCAGUUCUUCAGGGGACCGGGGAGCACCGCGCGCUCCGAGGCUGCCUUUGGACUGGGUCCGGCCGCAGGGCGAGGGCCCGGGACGGGGGCCGAGGCGGGGGCUGGAGUCUGCAGGCGGCCCGGCCGGGGGCCAGGGGACGUGCGACGGGACAGCCGAAGCUUCAGCGUGAGCAUAGCCCAGAAGAGAUUCUCCUUGAUUCUGGCUCUAACCAAGGUCGUCCUUUGGCUUCCAAUGAUGAUCCACAUGGUGGCCCAGAACACCCCAGAAUUCCAGAGCCUCCCUUUCGAACUCUUCAGCUUUCUGCUGACCACCCUGGCGACCACCGUGACCCCAGUAUUUGUCUUGUCCGAGCGCUGGACUCACCUGCCCUGUGGCUGCAUCAUUAACUGCCCGAGGGGCGCAGAUGCUGCGACUUCCGAGGAGACCAAAACUAAAAGAAAAGGCUUUGAAUUCAACUUAUCAUUCCAACACAGUUAUGGCAUUUAUAAGAUAGCCCAUGAGAAUCAUUAUGAUGAAGAUGAUGAUGAAAACUCCAUAGCAUAUCAUAACUUAAUGGACUAUGAGUGUGAAACCUUAAGAGACACACAGAAAGAUACCAGCAACUUCCUUCAUGCUAUAAAAGUAGAAUUCAGCACCGCAUCUUCUCAGGACAGCUCCACUCUGCCAGGUAUCAACAAAAGCACAAACACAGUCAGUACUGAGACUAAACAGGACUCGGACAGAGAGAAGAGCCUUGAGCAAGGGUUGACUGACCAGACAGGAGUAUUUGUAACAGAAGAUGCCAGAAACUUUGAAAAAUCUACCUUUUUGGAAGGAGCAGAAAGAAGGCUUUCCCAUGAGGAGAGUCACAAACCAGAACUUUCUGACUGGGAGUGGUGCAGAAGCAAAUCAGAAAGGACUCCUCGUCAGCGAUCCGGUGGUGCUCUUGCUAUACCUCUGUGUGCAUUUCAAGGGACUGUGUCUCUCCAUGCCCCCACAGGGAAGACUUUAUCUCUCUCCACCUAUGAGGUGAGUGCAGAAGGGCAAAAAAUAACCCCGGCGGCCAAGAAAAUCGAAGUCUAUCGAUCCAAGAGCGUGGGCCAUGAGCCAAACCCAGAGGAUUCGCCCACCACUUUCCCAGACACCAGCGUCAAGAUCCACUUGGAAGUGUUGGAAAUCUGUGACAAUGAGGAAGCCAUGGACACCGUGUCCAUCAUCAGCAACAUCAGCCAGUCCUCAACCCAAGUCAGAUCUCCUUCUCUACGCUAUUCUCGCAAAGAAAAUCGGUUUGUUUCCUGCGAUUUGGGAGAGACCGCUUCUUACUCCCUCUUCAUCCCCACAAACAAUCCUGACAGUGACAUCAAUAUAUCCAUUCCAGACACCGUGGAGGCCCACAGGCAGAACAGUCAAAAGCAGCAUCUGGAGAGAGAUGGCUACCAGGAAGAAAUACAACUGUUAAAUAAAGCUUACAGGAAACGGGAGGAAGAAGGCAAUGGAAGCUAAGAACUGUCUAGGGUCCAAGAAUCAAAUGUUCUCCUCCACCUGACUUGGAAGUCAGUGAUUUUUCUUAGAUGAUUUUGAUUUCUGUUUGAGUCAUACAUAGCUUCAGUCACAAUUCUUCUCUCUGGAAAAGCUCUUCAUAGAAGAAGGGAAUGCUAUGGCUUGUCUAUCGUCUCCUAUCCCUGUGGUAAUGAAAGGAUUUUGUCUCUAGAUGAUUGCUGACCAUCUUUUCUGCUCAUAUUGCUCAUGAGAUUCCUCUUCCAAUGAGGAGCAAUAGACAGAAGUCAUAUAGAGAUAAAUUAAAGAUUGAUAAAGCCAGGAAAAACAAACCAUUGGAACGCUACCAAAGUAGGAUAAAAUAGUCAAUCACAGGGAGCAGAGAGAUCAUUCUCUUUGGAGGCCAUAGGAACAUAGACUUAGUUAUAGAGAUCCUUUACUCUAAACCCUUUGUUUUAAAUUUGAAAAAACUGAAAUAGAGAGUCAGAGUAACCAAAGCUUAAACCUAAGAACUCUGCCUUCAGAUUGUUUCUAAUGGUCUUGAACUAAUGGCUGUAUGGUUGGGCUGAGUCAUGGAAAGACCAUAAGUAGAAGGGAUUUUGGAGGCCAUCAAAGCCAGUGUUCAUUUAACAGAUAAGGAAACUGAGGCAUGAGGAUAAUGAUUUCCCUAAGGUCAUAUUGCUAAUAAAGAUGUGAAGCAGGGUUUGAAUACAGGCUUCCCUGAUUCCAGGGCUAGUACCAUUAUGCUAGACUGCCUCUCAAAAUAAUCUUUGUUAAAUAAAUGGCCCCUAAGAGCCCUUCCAGUUAGGAGAAUUUGUGGAUUAUCUGGAAAAUGCUUCCUACAUAUCUCCUCUUCUUAGACUUCUUGGGUCUUUGCUUAUGUGCUGCUUUUCAUUAGAAGCUUUCCCUGAUUUCCUCCCCACAACCAAGUUAUUACUGCUCCCUCCUCCACCAAGUUUUCAUGUUUGUAUUCAUCUAUAUAGAUGAAGUACACGGCAUGCUACCCCCCUCUCAUCCUCAGUAUAAUGUGUCUGUAAAGACCAUGUUCCCCAGUGGCAAGCUGCCCAGGAAAAGACUAUUUUGUUUUUGUCUCUAUGGCCUAGCACAGGACCUUGCCAUGGUAGACCUUUAAUAAAUGUCCAUUGCAUUUGAUUAGAUUAGAUAAUUUCCUCAGAUUCCUCAUUCAGAACCUGGAGGAAUGGGCUUACGAGAUUAUUUCUGAAUCCGUGUUCGUGAUCUCCCCCAUAGGUCUACAAAAAAAAGUGGGGCCUUCUAGGAAUUGCUACAUUGGAAACAGAAGGGAUAUUAUAAAAGUCUGGGGAGACUUUGGAAAUCAUCUAUCACCCACUUAGUCAUCUCUUCAUGUUGAGAUAUUUUCUAUCCAUGUAUUCAUUAUUGCAGGAAAAUUGGAUCCCUUUGGGGUCUGGGAAGCUAAAAUAGAAGCAUGUACUUUUUCCGUCCUGGAAAAUCUAUUUUGGGCAUUUCUAGAAAAUGCAAAGCUGUUUCUGAGCCCCCUUCUCUUUCUUUUUCUCCCACUAAUAACCAUGCUAUUGUUUCUUAUGGUAUAUUCUUUAAUCCUUAAAGUGGCAUUGAUAGCUGUCAAUGAUCUCUUUCUUAAGAGGCUCCAAAAAGAUUUCAAAAAGAUUCUAACUCUGUACUUACCAUCUGUAGGCCUUGAGUCAUUAUUUGCUAGAAGAUUUAACAGAAAGAAAUUGACAGUUCUGUUUGCCCCCACAUCUGAUUUGAAGACCAUGUUCAGAUGAUAGCCAUAAGGAAUGUUUUCUGUUUGUCAGUCAUGGGGAGAAGGGGAAUGAUUAUGUCAGCUUCUCAAAACCCAAAUGACUCUUUGCAAAGUAGCAGAAUUUUCAAACUGGCUCAGCACUCCCUGCUUUUUAGGGAAAAAAAAUCCUGGCAGGAAUGAGUACCUUUAGAAUUUUCUUCCUGAAAAACGUGAGUCAUAUGUUGAGAAACUAUUCUAUAGUCCAUAGAGGGUAUAUUUUGGGUGGAUAAAUUAGAUCAUACCCAUGCUGAGAUUUGUCAGCAUUAUAACCAUUUAAUAUUAUUCGUGUAAAUGUAUAAUAAUGAUAAACAGGGUUUCUUCAAAAUAUUUCACUAAAACCAUUAUGUAAAUAUUUGCCAAUGUUCUGUUCUAAUGUCCAAUGAUGUUGUUUUCUUAAAAAACCAUUGAAAUGGGACCAUUUGAUGUGGUUUGAAUACAUGCAUGUUUAUUUAUAGGUUCAAAAAGAAGUUUUUCCCAGAAAACUUUAUUCUAGUUUUUAUUACUUGGAGCCAUGGCAUUAAAGUAUAAGAACACAAGCUCCAGAAGAGUUUUAUCGUUGUUUUUCAUGCUUUUAAAAAGCCCUUCUAAAGUAAUGUAAAUGUCACUGUGUUAUCCAUUGCUCUCUCUCUCAUUUUAAUUCUGUUUCACUUUCUUAAAAAUGUAAUGUAUUUGUAAUACCUCCGAUAAUGUUUGUAAAGAGAUCCCAAGACAAAUCAUAACAUAAAAAUUCAAAUUAAAAAACACCUUCAUUGUGAAUCUCACUGCAUUUAUUUGAAAAAUUACUGUGUUGCUCAAGGUCAUAGGAACACAACACCUGCUGAGAGAAUAAGUUGUUUAUUCUUGCUUCAAACUAGUGGUGCAACUUAAAAAGAGUAUGAAAUUUAAAUGAUAGGUUUGUGGUGAUUGACUUGUUUCAAUUUGUUUAAAAGAAAGAAGUCUUGACUCAUUUGAAAUACAAAAUCAGUCAGCAAGGUAACCUGUCUGGAAUCAUGACCAAUCUGGAAAUCUUAGUUAACUAAGUAGAUGGAAGACAAAGAAGUCCAUUUCAAAAGUCUGUUGUUUUUUUUUUUAAACAGAUAAGAGAAGUUGAGUCCAAACAAAAGGUAAUAUAUGUUUUCCUCUAUGAGUCCAAUAUUCAGUCAACAUCUUGUUAUAUGAUUGAGUUCUUUGCACUGUACGUUUAAUAUUUAAUUUGGUUUUAUAUUUUAUCUAGAAUUUUAUCAAUCUCUAUUUAGAUCCACAAAAUAAUACUUUUCUUCUCCUACGGUAAUUCAAAAUAAAUUAAUUUAAAAUUUCUAGAAUUGCUGAUUUUUUAUUUUCUUUUUUUAAAUCAAAAUAUUUACAAACUUUUUUUUAAAGAAAAACUCUGCAUUGGCUCUAAGAUACCAAAGCCUAAGCUUGAAGGGAAAGUUUGACCUGCAAUAAAAACUUACCAGGCCCACAUCUGAAAGUAUGUUCCAGAAAAGUAGAAUUCUAGAACAACUUCAUGUGGCAGGAAAUAUGAAAGCUACUUGUUCACCCAGUGUUUAAACUGAGUAUAUACCAAUACAUGUCUAGUGUAAGAAUGAUUGAAAGAAAGUGUUUGGAAGUAAUAGAAAGCCUAUUAAAAACACAGUCCUUUUUUAUUUUUUAAAUGCAUUGUAUCAUGUUAUCUUAUUAUAUAUUAUAUGUUUCUUCUUAUCAAUAAAAUAAUUUUGUUAAACAU